GGCUUAGUCAUGGCCACCGCCCGCAGAUCGAGCUCUCUCCAGAAUCUUCAAUCAAGAGCUGGGGAGACCUCGACGAUCGGAACAUCUGUGCAGCGCUCCUCUAUCUCCAUCUCCUCACCCUUUUCUCUAACCUCUCCUCACCCAUCUGCCGAACCAGUCUCACGCCUUCCAUCCGCCUACCCCACCGUUCCCCAGAAUCGAGCUCGGCGCAACACCAACCACCAUGGCCAACUACCUCGCCUCCAUUUUCGGUACCGAGCAGGACAAGGUCAACUGCUCCUUCUACUACAAGAUCGGCGCGUGCCGGCACGGAGACCGCUGCUCCCGGAAGCACGUCAAGCCCUCAUACUCGCAAACGGUCCUGAUGCCCAACAUGUAUCAGAACCCGGCCUACGACCCCAAGAGCAAGAUGAACCCCAGUCAGCUACAGAACCACUUUGAUGCGUUCUACGAGGACGUGUGGUGCGAGAUGUGCCAGUACGGCGAGCUGGAAGAGCUGGUGGUCUGCGAUAACAACAAUGACCAUCUCAUCGGAAACGUCUACGCCCGCUUCAAAUACGAAGAAGACGCCCAGACGGCCUGCGACGCGCUGAAUAGCCGGUGGUACGCGGCACGACCCAUAUACUGCGAACUAUCGCCGGUGACGGAUUUCCGAGAGGCCUGUUGUCGGUUAAAUAGCGGCGAGGGCUGCGUGCGUGGGGGGUUCUGCAAUUUCAUCCACCGCAAGGACCCCGGGCCUGAGCUGGACCGGGAUCUCCGCCUCAGUACGAAGAAGUGGCUGAAGGAGCGUGGUCGCGAUGCCAGAAGUGUCAGCCGCAGUCCCAGCCCCGAGCCGACCCGGAAGAGGUAUUAGUUGUUGUGGUGGCCGCUGGGCUGAGUACAUCAUCAUCGUGGUUGUUGUUGUUGUUGGUUUGUUGCUGUUUUUAUACUAUGCGGCGUUGGGGAGAAUGACAUCCUUCUGUCAAGCUGUAUUCCUACUUUAGUUGCGUGUUUCUUACUUAUGCCAUGAUAUCAACUGGUCGCAUUUGCGAUAGCCGCGAAUUGGUCGGACGAUAAUGAGACGAAUGAUCAUUGAGCAGAC